AAUAAUUUGUAUUCCAUACAGUUUGGUUUUUAAAAUUCAGCAAGACAGUAUUAAAAAUGUCUUACUUCUCUGUCACCUUCUGAACUGUUCUAUGCAUUAAAAACAGUUUCAUUGAUGUUCUUUUUUCUUCUUUUUUCAUUACCCAUCUGUUCUAUCUCCUUGUCCCCUCAGAAAACCCUUCCUAUUCAAACAAAACAUAUUCACAUGUUAGCCACACAUGAAAAUGUAUGUCUUAUCCAUCACAUCUUAAUUAAAAGAUGGGAAACAUGCUUCGUCAUCACUCAUCUGGAGUCCUCAGAUGGUGAUUGCAUUGAUUUGAAUUAUGUCUUUUGAAUUUUUUUCCCUUUACAUUUUUUUCAUUCAUCAUAUCAGUUAUUCUUAGUUCUGUUUACCUGGCCAGUUCAUGCAAAUCUUCCAGAUUUUGGAAUAUAAUGUUUCUUAUGAUACAAUAUUACCCAUAAUUAUUUAGUUAUUUUUUAAUUAAUGGGCAUUAACUUCCUUUUUUACUGCAACAAAAAGUGCUCCCAUAAAUUCUUUUGUUUGUAUGAGUUCUUUUCCUUUUCUUUGACCUACUGAAGAAUAUCAUAGUAACUUUUGGGAUUUAGGUCCAAAUUGUUUUCCAGUUUGGUUGGACCAAUUCACAACUCCACCAACAGUGUAUUAAUAGUGCCCAUUCUCUCAUAGCUCCAUAUGGCAGUUGUCAUUUUCUUUUUAUAAAUUUUUAUCCUAUAUUUCCCUCAUUUUUUUUCAUGUGAUUGUAAAUAGCUUGUAAAUUACUUCUUUCAAAAACUGUUCAUAAUAUUUGACUAUAGGGGAAUGGCUCUUUUAGGAAUAAUUUCUCUAUUGCUUUAUGGUUUAUGUAGCAUUUUGCUUAUAAAAAUCCUUUUUGGUAGUGUUAAAUAUUUUAUCCCUGUUUUAUAGCCAAGGAAACAAUUUCAGAGAAGUGAGAUUAUUUGCCCAAGGACACACAGCUGAAGAGUAGGAAAUUUGAAAUUUGAACCCCAGGCUCCUGGAUUCAAGUCCAGUACUCUUUUUUACUACAUUUCCCACUUCUUCACUCAGUGUGAUUUGAUAGUUAUUUUAAAAUAUCUCUGAUGUUUAAGUAUCAAGAAAUAUUAUAAUCUAGACUUCAACUUUAGUUGAGAAUCAAAUUGUCAGAUGUCAAUUAUGAACUUUCCAGGACUUUUUUCACCCUAAUCAUCAGGCUCUUUUCUUCCCCUUCAUUAACUCCUUUCCCCUUCCCCAUUUCUUAUUAGGGAUAGGGACUGUACUUGUCAUUUUGGAAUGAGCAUUGCACCCCCAAAUUAUAGAAAUGUUUCAGGCAAACUGUAAGCAGGGAAAUUUCUUUGCUCCCUUCUAUCUUUGUGACUCCCAACCCAAAACAUCUGAUAACUCCUAUAAGACCCUGAGAGAAUUAUCCUUCUUGGAUUGUCCUUUAUAUUUGAGAUAGACAGAGAGAUGCACCUCCAUGAUACCAUUAUGUUGUAUCUCAGACAUCCAUCUGUCCUCUAAACUAUGAGGGUCACCCCCAUGACUUCAGGCAACCCUCCCCACCUCCUCAUUGCAUACCACUCUGGAGUAGUGUCUUUGCUGUUGUAAAAGGUGUAAAGGACCCCAGACCUGAUGUCGACUGAAGGACAGCUUUCCAUCUAUGCUGUCCCCCUAGGAGACAGUUUUCCACUUAUGCUGUCCUCUUGGUCAGAUUCAACAUUACCUUAUAAAUUAAAAAUUUAUCUUUUCUAUUUUUAAGCUAAGUUUCUGAGUCUUGCAUCCUUGCAAAAGGUACCCUUCCCUAACCUGGGAAUUCACCUCAAGUCCCACCACAGUAAUUUCAUAUUGCCCUCUAUAACUUAAUAGUUUUAGAGAUUUGUCUAACAUACUGAAAGAUUGUGCCUUGCCCAAUGUCACAUUGCCCAUAGAUGUCAGAGGUCUACCUGGUCAUUUCUCUAGACACUAAGCCAUUACUACUUUUCUUGUAAUAAUAACUGUAAUCAUAGCCACACUAUCACUGUUUCUGGAAAGAACACUGACAAUCAACUGCCUUUUUGUUCUACUUAUCAUCAUAUUCUGCUCCUAUUAUUUGAAUGUAAGCUUCUUGAAGGCAGGGGCAGUCCUGCUUUUUUUAUAUCUAUAUAUAUUUGUAUUCCAAGUGUUUAGUUAAUACUGUUGCUGGUACAUGGUUACCUAGGGUGAAACAAAUUUACAAAUUUUGGAACUCUGGAAGCGCUCAAUCAGCAUUUCGAGAGCAGAAGCUUGGGCAUGGUGUGACUUUUCCUUAGAAACUACUAUCAGUGUCAAAAUGCAGUUCAUCCGACAGCAACACAGAGUUCUCAGAAAUUAAAACGUAAGCUGUGCUAGAACAAAAAUGCAAUGAAAGAAACACUGGAUGAAUGAAAAGCCCUGCUUUGCAAUCCCUCAGCAUGGCAGGACUGCAGCUCAUGACCCCUGCUUCCUCACCAAUGGGUCCUUUUUUUGGACUACCAUGGCAACAAGAAGCAAUUCACGAUAACAUUUACACCCCAAGAAAAUAUCAGGUUGAACUGCUUGAAGCAGCUCUGGAUCAUAAUACAAUAGUCUGUUUAAACACUGGCUCAGGGAAGACAUUUAUUGCAGUACUACUCACUAAAGAGCUGUCCUAUCAGAUCAGGGGAAAUUUCAACAGAAAUGGAAAAAGGACGGUGUUCUUGGUCAACUCUGCAAACCAAGUUGCUCAGCAAGCAUCAGCUGUCAGAACACAUUCAGAUCUCAAGGUUGGAGAAUAUUCAAGCUUAGAAAUAAGUGCAUCCUGGACAAAGGAGAAAUGGAACCAAGAGUUUAUUAAACAUCAGGUUCUGGUUAUGACCUGCCAAGUCGCCUUGAAUGUUUUAAAAAAUGAUUACUUAUCUCUGUCCAACAUUAACUUGUUGGUAUUUGAUGAGUGUCAUCUUGCAAUCCUGGACCAUCCCUAUCGAGAAAUUAUGAAGAUCUGUGAAGAUUGUCCAUCAUGUCCGCGAAUUUUGGGAUUAACUGCUUCUAUUUUGAAUGGGAAGUGUGAUCCUGCAGAAUUGGAGGAGAAGAUACAAAAACUGGAGAAAAUCCUUAAGAGUAAUGCUGAAACUGCAACUGAUUUGGUAGUCUUAGACAGAUAUACUUCUCAGCCAUGUGAGAUUGUGGUAGAUUGUGGACCAUAUACUGAUACUAGUGGGCUCUAUGAAAGGCUGCUAAAGGAAUUGGAUGAAGCACUUAAUUUUCUAAAUGACUGCAACAUAUCUGUGCAUUCAAAAGAAAAGGAUUCUAUAUUAAUUUCUAAACAGAUUCUUUCAGACUGCCGAGCAGUAUUGGUGGUUCUGGGACCCUGGUGUACAGAUAAGGUAGCUGGAAUGAUGGUAAGAGAACUUCAGAAAUAUAUCAAACAUGAGCAAGAGGAGCUGCACAGGAAAUUUUUAUUGUUUACAGACACUUUUCUAAGGAAAAUACAUGCACUCUGUGAAGAGCACUUCUCACCUGCCUCACUUGACCUGAAAUUUGUAACCCCGAAAGUAAUAAAACUGCUUGAAAUUUUACGUAAAUAUAAACCAUAUGAACGGCAGCAAUUUGAGAGCGUUGAAUGGUAUAAUAAUAGGAAUCAAGAUAAUUAUGUGUCUUGGAGUGAUUCUGAAGAUGAUGAUGAGGAUGAAGAAAUUGAAGAAAAAGAGAAGCCAGAGACAAAUUUUCCCUCUCCAUUUACCAAUAUCUUAUGUGGAAUUAUUUUUGUGGAGAGAAGAUAUACAGCAGUUGUUUUAAACAGAUUGAUAAAGGAAGCUGGCAAGCAAGAUCCAGAACUGGCUUAUAUUAGCAGCAACUUUAUAACUGGACAUGGCAUUGGAAAGAAUCAACCUCGUAAUAAACAGAUGGAAGUGGAGUUCAGAAAACAGGAAGAGGUACUUAGAAAAUUUAGGGCACAUGAGACCAACCUACUUAUUGCAACUAGUAUUGUAGAAGAGGGUGUUGACAUACCAAAAUGCAACCUGGUGGUUCGUUUUGAUUUGCCUAUGGAAUAUCGAUCUUAUGUACAGUCCAAGGGAAGAGCAAGGGCACCCAUCUCUAAUUAUAUCAUGUUAGCUGAUUCAGACAAAAUAAAAAGUUUUGAAGAUGAUCUUAAAACUUACAAAGCUAUUGAAAAGAUCUUAAGAAACAAAUGUUCCAAAUCAGUUGAUACUGGUGAGACUGAAACUGAACCUAUUGUGGAUGAUGAUGAUAUUUUCCCACCCUAUGUUUUGAGGCCAGAUGAUGGAAGUCCAAGAGUUACAAUUAAUACAGCCAUUGGACACAUCAAUAGAUACUGUGCAAGAUUACCAAGUGAUCCGUUUACUCAUCUAGCUCCUAAAUGUAAGACCCGAGAAUUGCCAGACGGUACAUUUUACUCAACUCUCUAUCUGCCAAUUAACUCGCCUCUCCGUGCUGCCAUUGUUGGUCCACAAAUGAAUUGUGCAAGACUGGCUGAAAGAGUUGUAGCUCUUAUUUGCUGUGAAAAACUGCACAAAAUUGGUGAACUAGAUGAUCAUUUGAUGCCAGUUGGAAAAGAGACUGUUAAAUAUGAGGAAGAGCUUGAUUUACAUGAUGAAGAAGAAACCAGCGUUCCAGGCCGACCAGGCUCCACAAAACGAAGGCAGUGUUAUCCAAAAGCAAUUCCAGAAUGUUUGAGGAAUAGUUAUCCUAAACCUGAUCAGCCCUGUUACUUAUAUGUAAUCGGCAUGGUAUUAACUACUCCUUUACCUGAUGAACUUAACUUUAGGAGACGAAAGCUUUAUCCUCCAGAGGAUACUACAAGAUGCUUUGGAAUACUGACAGCCAAACCUAUACCUCAGAUUCCUCACUUUCCUGUGUAUACACGCUCUGGAGAGGUUACUAUAUCUAUUGAGUUGAAGAAGUCUGGUUUCACUUUGUCCUUACAAAUGCUUGAGCUGAUCACAAGACUUCACCAGUACAUUUUCUCACAUAUUCUUCGGCUUGAAAAACCUGCACUAGAAUUCAAACCCACAGAAGCUGAUUCAGCCUACUGUGUUCUACCUCUUAAUGUUGUUAAUGACUCCAGCACUUUGGACAUUGACUUUAAGUUCAUGGAUGAUAUUGAAAAAUCUGAAGCUCGUAUAGGCAUUCCCAGUACUCAGUAUACAAAAGAAACACCUUUUAUUUUCAAACUAGAAGAUUACCAGGAUGCAGUUAUCAUUCCAAGGUAUCGGAACUUUGAUCAGCCUCAUCGAUUUUAUGUUGCUGAUGUAUAUACUGAUCUUACACCACUCAGUAAAUUCCCAUCCCCUGAAUAUGAAACUUUUGCAGAAUAUUAUAAAACAAAGUACAAUCUUGACCUGACCAAUCUAAACCAGCCACUGCUGGAUGUGGACCAUACAUCUUCAAGACUUAAUCUAUUGACUCCUCGACAUUUAAAUCAGAAGGGGAAAGCCCUUCCACUAAGUAGUGCUGAAAAAAGGAAAGCCAAAUGGGAAAGUCUACAAAAUAAACAGAUAUUGGUUCCAGAGCUCUGUGCAAUUCAUCCAAUUCCAGCAUCAUUAUGGAGAAAAGCAGUUUGUCUCCCUAGCAUACUUUAUCGCCUGCACUGCCUUUUGACAGCAGAGGAACUAAGAGCCCAGACAGCCACUGAUGCUGGUGUAGGGGUCAAAUCACUCCCUGCUGAUUUCAGAUAUCCUAACUUGGACUUUGGAUGGAAAAAAUCUAUUGACAGUAAAUCUUUCAUCUCAAUUCCUAACUCCUCUUUAGCUGAAAGUGAAAAUUAUUGUAAGCACAGCACAAUUGUAGUCCCUGAAAAUGCUGCACAUCAAGGCGCUAAUAGAACCUCCUCUGUAGAAAAUCAUGACCAGAUGUCUGUGACCUGCAGAUCAUUAUUCAGUGAGUCACCCAGUAAGAUCCAAAUUGAAGUUUCCACAGAACUCACAGCAAUUAAUGGUAUUUCAUACAAUAAAAAUCUUGCCAAUGGCAGUUAUGAUUUAGUCAAUAGAGACUUUUGCCAAGGAAAUCAGCUAAAUUACUAUAGGCAGGAAAUACCUGUACAACCAACUACCUCAUAUCCCAUUCAGAAUUUAUACAAUAGUGAGAACCAGCCCAAACCCAACAAUGAAUGUACUCUGCUGAGUAAUAAAUAUCUUGAUGGAAAUGCUAACAAAUCUACCUCAGAUGGAUGCCCCACAAAGGCAGUGACAGCGACCACCAGUACUUCAGAAAUUUCUAUUGCUUCAAAAGGGAGAAUUGAUUCUGAACAAAACCCUUCCAAUGGAUACUCCUCGAAAACCCUUGGCCCAAAUCCCGGACUCAUUCUUCAGGCUCUGACCCUUUCUAAUGCUAGUGAUGGAUUUAACUUGGAACGACUUGAAAUGCUUGGGGACUCCUUUUUAAAGCAUGCAAUCACCACAUAUCUGUUUUGCACUUAUCCUGAUGCUCAUGAGGGCCGCCUUUCUUAUAUGAGAAGUAAAAAGGUCAGCAACUGUAAUCUCUAUCGCCUUGGGAAAAAGAAAGGUCUGCCCAGUCGCAUGGUAGUGUCAAUUUUUGAUCCCCCUGUAAAUUGGCUUCCUCCUGGUUACAUAGUAAAUCAAGACAAAAGUAACACAGAUAAAUGGGAAAAAGAUGAAAUGACAAAAGACAAUAUGUUGGCAAAUGGUAAACUGGAUGAAGAUUAUGAUGAGGAAGAAGAUGAAGACCUUAUGUGGAGGGUUCCAAAGGAGGAAGUGGAUUAUGAAGAUGAUUUUUUGGAGUAUGAUCAGGAACAUAUUAAAUUUAUAGAUAACAUGUUAAUGGGAUCAGGGGCUUUUGUGAAGAAAAUUUCUCUUUCUCCGUUUUCAACCAAUGAUUCAAAUUAUGAAUGGAAAAUGCCCAAAAAAUCGUCCCUAGGUAAUAUGCCAUUUUCAUCUGAUAUUGAUGAUUUUGAUUAUAGCUCUUGGGAUGCAAUGUGUUAUUUGGAUCCUAGCAAAGCUGUUGAAGAGGAUGAUUUUGUAGUAGGGUUCUGGAAUCCAUCAGAAGAAAAUUGUGGCAUCGACACAGGGAAACAGUCAAUUUCUUAUGACUUGCAUACAGAGCAGUGUAUUGCUGAUAAAAGCAUUGCAGACUGUGUGGAAGCUCUACUAGGCUGCUAUUUAACCAGCUGUGGUGAGAGAGCUGCUCAACUUUUCCUCUGUUCUUUGGGGCUCAAGGUGCUCCCAGUAAUUAAAAGGAGUGAUUGGGAGACCACGUUAUACCCCAGCAAGGAUAAUUUCAACAGUCAGCAAAAGAAUCUUUCGGUGAACUAUGCUUCUAUCUCUGUAGCCAAUUUACAGUCUUCUUUAUAUAAAGACUUAGAAUAUGGCUGUUUGAAGAUUCCACCAAGGUGCAUGUUUGAUCAUCCAGAUGCUGAAAAAACACUGAACCACCUUAUAUCAGGCUUUGAAAAUUUUGAAAAGAAAAUUAACUACAACUUCAAGAAUAAAGCUUACCUUCUACAGGCAUUUACUCAUGCCUCCUACCACUACAAUACCAUCACUGGAACAUCCUGCUGUGGUUCUGUGCUCUCUUUGGAAUCCAUGGGGUCCUCUGCUUCACCAGAUUGUUAUCAGCGCUUGGAAUUCCUGGGAGAUGCAAUUUUGGACUACCUCAUAACUAAGCACCUUUAUGAAGACCCACGGCAGCACUCCCCAGGAGUUCUAACUGACCUACGAUCUGCUCUUGUCAAUAAUACCAUCUUUGCAUCAUUAGCUGUUAAGUAUGACUACCACAAGUACUUCAAAGCUGUUUCUCCCGAACUAUUCCAUGUUAUUGAUGAUUUUGUGCAGUUUCAACUUGAGAAGAAUGAAAUGCAAGGAAUGGAUUCUGAGCUUAGACGAUCUGAGGAGGAUGAAGAAAAAGAAGAAGAUAUAGAAGUACCGAAGGCCAUGGGAGAUAUAUUUGAAUCACUUGCUGGUGCCAUUUAUAUGGAUAGUGGAAUGUCAUUGGAAAUGGUUUGGCAAGUCUACUAUCCGAUGAUGCGACCAUUAAUAGAAAAAUUUUCUGCAAAUGUGCCCCGUUCUCCUGUUCGAGAAUUGCUUGAAAUGGAACCAGAAACUGCCAAAUUUAGCCCUGCAGAGAGAACCUAUGAUGGGAAGGUCCGAGUAACUGUGGAAGUGGUAGGGAAGGGAAAGUUUAAAGGCGUUGGCCGAAGCUACAGGAUUGCCAAAUCUGCAGCUGCAAGGAGAGCACUACGAAGCCUCAAAGCAAAUCAACCUCAGGUUCCCAACAGCUGAGACCCCGACUUGGAAACAAAGAGCAAAACUGAGAGUAAAACAUUUUUUAAAGAAUUUUAAAGUUGAUGUUGAGAGGAACAAAUCGAAGACAGAAUUUAAAGUUUGUUUGAAAACAGAGUAGUAGCAGAGUCAAACAUUUAACAUGUAUAAAAAAUGUUGGAACUAAUGGUAGUUUUAGUCUUUUGCGCAAACACAAUCUUGUCUUCUUUCCUCACUUCUGCUUUGCUUAAUCACAAGAGUGCUUUAAUGAUGACAUUGAGCAAGUCUCCAAAACCAUUGUUGUCAGGUCUUUUGUCAGUGCAGCUUUGCUUAGUGUUAGAAGGCCAGGGAGCAUACAACUAAAGCAGUUGCUAGAUUUCUAUAGUGUGAUCUUGAAAUUCCUCCAUCUGUGCACUAGUGCCAGUCAUGAACAGUUUAUAAACCGUACUGAAUGAUAUGGGAUGAGAGAAAAUAAGUGUGCCAGUCAGUAUUGUCCUCUAUUUCCAUGUUAUCUUUAGUGUCAGAUGAUGUUCCCAAUCAUUAUUGCACUUAUUAGUUAGGGAUGGAUUUAUAAUUGAAAUGGCUGGGCUGGCAUACUGUUAGAAUAAAAUUUCAGUUUUCUGAUGCCACAUGAUCUUGCAUAGAAAAGGUUCUUGCCUUAAAAAGUAAAACCUCAUGGAUGUGCUUUUUUAUUUCCAAUAUUUUUAGAACAAAUUUAUUUUACAUUCCCUGCAUUUUAUCAUGUGUCAUAUGAUGAAACAGCUCAAUAUUUAAAAUUCAUUAACAUAGCUGGAUUAUAACACUUUACCUUUAUAGUGAACAUAUUAUUUGAAGAGAAAACACAGAAUAUUUGGUUAAUCUAUGGAAUUUUUCAAUGCCAUAAAUACAAGUGGUCUUUGGCUAAAUCUUUAAUUUUACUGAAAAAUGCCAGCUAGAUAGUUCUAAUUAAGGGAAUGUUUAGGGGGAAAAAUUUUGCCAUGAAAGCCAAGCCGUUGCUCUAACAAAAUAACCUUAGACAUAUCACACCUAAAAUAUGCUGCAGAUUUUAUAAUUGAUUGGUUACUUAUUUAAAAAAAAAAACAGAGCACCUUUACACUUAGACUUCUCAUAGGAAUUUCUUACUGUGCUUUUCACAAUGUUGCAUGCGUGUGUCACCUACCAAAGCUCUGCUGUUAAAUGCCAGGAAAGUUUAAUGUUAGAGAUAAACUGCCGUACUUGGGACGCCUGUGAUUUAGGUCAUUGAUUUAGAGAAACUAGCUCAUUGUUGUUUCAGUCUAUUUGAGAAAAAAAAAACACAAGGAAAAAAGUCGCAUUUGUAGGCUUUGGGCCUAAAUUUCUUUGAUUAGAUUUGGUAGGCACUCUUCACUUAAAUACCUCAGUUCUUUUAUUUUUCUUUUGCAUGCAUUUUUUUUUCUGUUUGGUGCUAUGUUUAUGUAUUAUGCUUGAAAUUUUAAUUUUUUUUGCACUGUAACUAUAAUACCUCUUAAUUUACUUUUUAAGAAGCUGUGGGUCAAUUUUGUACUCCCACCAAUAUACCAGUAGAGGUUUGCUGCAAUUUUGCUCCAUUAAUUAUGCUUGAAGUUUGAGAAAGCUGAGCAGAGGUAUUUGAUGUUUUCUAGCACAUCAGUCUGAACUUGAUGCUUCAUGUAAUGCUGUUUUUUGAUGUGUUAACUCACAAGUGAAUACUGUACUCCUUGCUUUUAACUGCUCCAGAGAACAACCCCUUUGUGCGUGCACAUGAAGAAAAAACUGUCAACUCCAGCUUUCAAAGAAGCCCGAGUGACAGGGGAGAUUAAGCUUCUGGGAAAUUAAGCUUAUUUAUUCAACUCAGAUGUCUUAACAUUUAAAUUGAGAUUCUAAAUUAUUUAAUGAAUUUUAAGAAAAUAAUUUUAAGGAAAGUCAUUUUAAUGUGGUGAUACUAAAAAAAAAAUCUCAACCUAAGAUAUCAUAGCAUGCUAAAACCAAGUCAGUCUUGAUCUAUAUUACCAUAAAUUUUUACAGCUGCUAAAAAUAAGGAUUGAUAUUAAUUUUAUUUCCAUUGGUUAUGUGUGGCAGUCAUUUCAGCAAUCCCUUGGUAAUUUGUCAAUUACCUGAUGCCAAAAAUUGAGGUUUUAGGAAAUUUUAAAGAAAUUAAUAGAAAGGUUCAUUUUUAAAUAAAUUAAUAGAAAUUCCAUUAUCUCCUGGCACUAAGAUCAAAUUUUUUUCAAAGUGACACGACAUUGGAGAGAAGAUGCCUCAGUAUCUUUUGUAACUUUAAAAAAAUUAGUAAUCUCAGUUGAUAUUUUAACAAAAUUAGGUCAUAGGAUUCUCAGGGGUUCAAAUUUCCUGUUGCCAUCAGAAUGUUUUAUCAACAACUAUUCCAUUUUUUUGUUGGGGGAAAAAGAGCUUAAUUUAAUUUGUAUCUUAGCCUUUCUGAAGCAUUCAAUGAUCCCCUUGUUUCUAAGUGAGACUAUGACUUAGGUAUCUGAAAUGGGUAUCUUGUGACUGCUAAACUAUAGUUCCUGCUGCUGAUACAUUUUUGAUCCUGUAAAUUUCUUCCCAGUGUAACCUCAUUGAAAUGUUUUGCAUCCAAUAAGACAGAUCACCCUAUGUUGCCAUGUCAUAAACUUUGUAUUCCCUUCUGUUCACGUGUUUGCAGUGUUGAGCAGAAAAUACUGUUAAAUAUCUGAUAGUUUGAGUCACGGGAGAUCGUUGCAACCAAUCUAAAGAAAGGAUCUAGACAGAAUUCUUCUGAGGAUUGUGUGGGGCUUAGUUGGCAUGAACCUCCAGACAUUAAAUUUUUUUUCUUAUUUCUAUUAUACUGUACUUUCAACAGUUCUAACUAUGCUGCGUUUUUAAUAGCUUUUUUUGCGCUGUUCUGUUCAUGUAGCACAAUUAAGCAUUGCACUUGGUACCAUGCUUUACCUCAUUUCAAGGAAAAUAUGCUUAACAGAGAGGAAAAAAUGUGGUUUGGCCUUGCUGCUGUUUUGAUUUACUGAAUUUGAAAAAGAUAAUUAUAAUGCCUGCAAUGUGUCAUUUACUUGCACAACUUAAAUAGGUCAUUUGUAAUGUCUGUGGCAUUUUUACUGUUUGUGAAAAUACAACAAAGAUAUGUUAACAAAAUUCUUAAUUAUGUUUUUAAAUUGUUGGUUAUAUUUUUUAUUGUUAUGUGAAGUGAUUAAAAUUAGAAUGACCUCUGACACUCCUGUAAUUAUCUCUGAACAAACCAAUAUUUCACAUACCUAGUGUACUAGAUUGGCCUCCGAAAGAGUCAAGCGCCUGUAAUAAUACACUCUGUCUCAAUAUCAAGAAACUCUGGUUCUGUUUGUUCAGUUCAUAACUGCUAUUAUUCACAUAACAGCCUGUUCUUUCAGCAUUGUUACUGGAAAUUAUGCUGUGACUUCAGAGUACAGAAUAUAAUAGAAAUUUAAGCCAACCACAGUACAGUCUCAGAACUCAUUGAAAGGCCCAGUUGACUUAAGACUAUGAAUGCUGAAAUAAGGCUUCAGCUCCUUUACAUAUAGACGGUGCCACCCAGCUGAGAUCCUGAGACCUCUAUUUACAGUAUACAUAAAAUCCAUCCCUCAUGGGGCUUUCAUAUCUACAGAACAGAAACUCACUUGUCAUGUUUGUUACCUUAUAAAGUGAUUUUAAGUAUGUUCAAAUGUGUAUAUUUUUCAACCACUGAUUAAUUUUCAGGAAUUUGUUUCCAAAUGAAUUCCUUUAUUUUAUACUGUACAUUAAGUGUUUUUAAGUAAGAUAUGCCAUUUUAAGACCAAGACUAUUAUUAAAAAUGAAUAUCAAAAUUGUGGUUAUACCAUUAGCAAUAUGUUGGGAAAUUUCCAUUGAGGUAGGUCAUUAUAUACUCCACUAGCAGUUUAAAUGAAAUUUUCAAAGGUAACUUGUAAAUACAUUUCAAUCAUUCGUUGUGUCGAUUUUUCCCCCAGCCCACUUCUGUGGGCAAGCAACCACAGACAAUUUUAAAUUGCUUUGUCAGUGCACUCAAUAUCACUGCAGCAGCAGGUUGUGUAGCAAAAAGCGCAAAUGUUUUGUGAACAGGAAUGGAAAAUUGCAGGCUUUUUAAAAUUGUAAAUAGUUUUGAUGUAAAAGAUGGUUAAAAUCAAGUAGAAUUAAUAACAAAUAUAAUUUGAUGGACAAUAAAAUAUUUACCAUCACAUGCUGCAGCUGUCUCUAAGGGACAUAAAAUGUAAUUCAUUCAUACUGUAAUCAUGCUGCAGAAAUUUGCAGUCUGCACCUUAUGGAUCACAAUUACCUUUAAUAGUUUUUUUAAUGUAAUAAUUGUAGCUGAGUAUAUCUCCAAUAAAGUUAUGGUCUGUUCA